CAAGACAGCAGGUCUUCCUGUACAAGGAUGGUAGGUCUUCCUAUACAUUGAUACUUCAGCACAAUGAGCUUCUGUGCUACUUCCCAAAUAAAGAGAAAAAGGAAAAGGAAGAAAUUCUGUAUUCUUGCUUCUCAUUGCUCACUGUCACUGAUGAACACAUUGGUACCACAAGUGAGACUUAACAUGUCUGCUUUUGGGAAAUACUUUUAUCUUUAUUUAUCUUGCAGAAUUUCCUCAGAAGAUGGCAUUAGCAAAAAAUAAGAAAGCAUUGUUUCUAGGACAGCCUGACUUCUGCUUCCACGCCCAAGAGCCCGGGGUCUGCCGAGGGUAUUUUACCAGGUACUUCUACAACAAAGAGACAAAAUUAUGUGAGGCAUUCAAGUAUGGUGGGUGCCUAGGAAACCAGAACAACUUCAGGAGUUUGGAGGAGUGCCAGAAUACCUGCCAAGACAACUUUGUUACAGCAGAAGAGCAUCCCAGUACUGUGAACAGCAGUUCCCCAGCAGAAGAGCAUCCCAGCACUGUGAACAGCAGUUCCCCAGCAGAAGAGCAUCCCAGUACUGUGAACAGCAGUUCCCCAGCAGAAGAGCAUCCCAGCAUUGUGAACAGCAGUUCCCCAGCAGAAGCACCCAGCCAGUCUCCUGUUCAUUCAUUGCCAGCUGCUCCAAAUGAGAAGUCCAACACCCUGAACAGCAGUUCCCCAAAGGAGGAGCCCAACCAGUUCCCUAUUUUUUUUGAUCUUGCAGUCAUUGUGGGAACUCCUUCCCGAGGGGACUGUGGACUCCCUGGAGAAUUCUACAUGGCAGAUAAGUAAUUUUCUUUACAAAGUGUCUAUUGGAAUUCUGUUAUAAUAAUAAGCCUGUGCUGUUUGGCCCUUUGCUCACUGGCAAGCCUUUCUGCUCUGUUCUUUGUAGGUUCCGAAAUUCGCAGGUCUAAAUAGGCAAGCUAUGCUGAACAUAUGCUUUGGAAACUAACCUCCUCUCCAGCUAGAGAGAGAUGAAAUUAGUUCCAUGCUCAAGAGUUCUCAGAGCAGCACCAAAAGCAUUGCCUUAGUUAAUUUAACUACCAUCUUCAUUAUAAAAAACAGUAGGUUUAAUAGAGAUUUUAUCAAUUGUGGACUUCUACUCUGCACCCAGAGCGAAAUUUAGUCUUGCAAUUAUGAAAAGAAGUUAAGCGGUUCUCAUUUUAUAACUUGAAACUAACUUAGUCUAUCUCGAAAAAGCAACCCAUUACUCGGUUUUUAAAUUUCAGAUUUUUUUUUUUUUAAUAGUAUGAUGUUGCUAACACACCAUUCUAUUUCUUUCCCAGCAAUUUUCAUACUUUUUUCAACACACCAGUUCAGCAAUUAUACAUUUCAGAUGAAUCUUUUUCUUAGCAGCUGUACCAUAUGUAAGACACCUAAGAUGCAGCAUGUGCUUUUUGGAUAUUUUGUCAGGCUCCUGCAUUGUCCAGGUUUUUAAUGCAUAACUUCUUGCUUUCAGCAACUCAUCUGCUUCCUACUUUUGUGACCACAGGAUGUCUUCAGCUUUGCUGCAACCCGAAUGAUUUCCUCAAAUUUUUACUUUGUUUUUCCACUGAACUCCUUCUGUGCGGCUUUGUAUCUUCAAGAGUUGCAUCUGACUGGCUUCACAUGUGCAUUUAUGCAUUUAUUUAUUGCAUUUAUGCACCCAGUUCUGCUGCUUCCUGAGGAAAAAUGGUGCUGUUUUGGGUCCCACAUAACUGCUCCCAUAAUGGCUCCCACUCAGCUUCUUGCAGCCUGUGCAGCAAUUUUACCAGUUCCUA